UGCGCGAGCGGUGCAGCACCGGCCGCGGGAGCAGGGAGUAUUAUGGGCUGUGGGUGCCGCUGAGCAAGAUGGAGCUGUCUGCAGUGGGCGAGCGGGUCUUCGCGGCCGAAUCCAUCAUCAAACGGCGGAUCCGAAAGGGACGCAUCGAGUACCUGGUGAAAUGGAAGGGGUGGGCCAUCAAGUACAGCACUUGGGAACCCGAGGAGAACAUCCUGGACUCGCGGCUCAUUGCAGCCUUCGAGCAGAAGGAGAGGGAGCGUGAGCUGUAUGGGCCCAAGAAGAGGGGACCCAAACCCAAAACUUUCCUCCUGAAGGCGCGAGCCCAGGCUGAGGCCCUCCGCAUCAGUGACGUGCAUUUCUCUGUCAAGCCAAGUGCCAGCGCCUCCUCGCCCAAGCUGCACUCCAGCGCGGCCGUGCACCGGCUCAAGAAGGACAUCCGCCGCUGCCACCGCAUGUCCCGCCGCCCGCUGCCCCGCCCGGACCCCCAGGGAGGCAGCCCUGGCCUGCGCCCACCCAUCUCCCCUUUCUCUGAGACGGUGCGCAUCAUCAAUCGCAAGGUGAAGCCUCGGGAGCCCAAGCGAAACCGCAUCAUCCUGAACCUGAAGGUGAUCGACAAGGGCACGGGUGGAGCGGGCACCGGGCAGGGGGCAGGAGCCCUCGCUCGCCCCAAAGUCCCCUCCAGGAACCGCGUCAUCGGCAAAAGCAAGAAGUUCAGCGAGAGCAUCCUGCGCACCCAGAUCCGCCACAUGAAGUUCGGCACCUUCGCGCUGUACAAUAAGCCCCCGCCCGGCCCUCCGCCUCCCCCGCCGGCGGGCAAGGCCGACCCUGCCGCCUCCCCGGGCCCCGGGCUGCUGCUGGCGGCCCCCGCCGCCCCCUAUGACGCCCGCAGCUCCAGCUCCUCCGGCUGCCCCUCCCCGGCACCGCAGUCCUCCUCCGACCCCGAUGACGCGCCCCCCAAGCUGCUCCCUGAGACCAUGAGCCCAUCUGCUCCCGACUGGCGUGAGCCUGAGGUGCUCGACCUGUCCAUCCCUCCCGAGGUGGCGGCCACCAGCAAGAGGGUGCCUCCCGACGUCACGGCUGCCACGGGCCAGGCGCCUCCCGUGGCCCCUGAGCCUGCCGGCGCCUCCUCUGAGCCCGAAGCUGGGGACUGGCGCCCCGAGAUGUCACCCUGCUCCAACGUGGUCGUCACCGAUGUCACCAGCAACCUUCUGACAGUCACUAUCAAGGAAUUCUGCAACCCUGAGGAUUUCGAGAAGAUUCAGAAAGGAGGUUGGGGCUAGAACCAGGAGCCUGUCUCCCUCGCCUGCCUCCGUCUGGCUGACAGUCACCAACACGCCGAACUAGGGUGACAGGCCGAGCGGGGACAGAGGACCCCAGCUCCCAGGCCUGCGGGGUCUCCCUGCCCCACCUUGAAGGAGUCGGUACCCCACUCCGAGCGGCGAGUGAGCGCCAACUGUAUGCAGAGCUUCAGUUAGGUAAAGGGAGGCUGAUGGUGUCACGGGGGGGACCCCUUGCGAGAGGUCAAGGUAGAAAGAACAGGUUCUGGGGCCUUUCCCUGGCUGUUGGGUGGAGUGCAGAUGGGCACUUUUUGUUUCUUUUAAUUUAAAAACACAAAGGCCUAAAGAAACGUAUCGUAUGAUUUUUUUUUUUUUUUUAGUUUUUGAAAAGCUCAUUGAAUGAACUGUGCACGAAUGAAUUCUAUAUAUAUAAAAAUAUACAUAUAUAGCUCUAUAUCUGGGGAGGGGCGCGGUCUCUUUUCUCUCUCAUUUUAAAAAUGAAGUGUUGUUGCCUUUGUCUGUGGUUCAACCAUCCAGCUCCCAGCUGGCUAAACUUUGCCUCCAGUGGUGAAAGAGAGGGAACCAGAAAUGGAGCCCCCACCCCCACGCCGGGGUGGGGCCCCCAGUCCACCUGCCCCCUCCCCGAGGUGGCGGGUGGAGAAGACGGCUCGUUUUGGGUGUGGGUUUCGGUUCUGUUCUGGAUUCGGUUGUUUCUGGGCCGGGGGGAGGGGGGUCUGUGCCGAUUACUCUCGUCUUGUACGUUUCGUUCUGCUGCUUUUCAAUGUUGUAUCAAUGCCAGGAAGGGGGAGUGAAAAGCCUCUUUUGCCCCCCAAAUAAAUUGUCACAUUCCGAAGCAAA